AAAUAAAUAAAUAAAUAAAAUGGGCCGGCUGUUUUUAGUAGAAGAAGAGAGAAUACCCGAGUAGAGCGAUGCCCAAACCGGAAAUGCGACUUACAUCAUUGUUGUAUCUCGCGCACUCAAUCGUGCUUUCCCUCGUCUCCAUCGCGCACAGCUUUGCUGCGAUAAUCUUCCCAAGAACUCGCGAUGUUUCUGAGAUGGAUGUGAGUAAUAAUUUUCGGGGAGAAAAGCUUCUUAGUGACCUCAGCACCUGGGGAAUUGGGGGACCGUGCAAAUACUUUGUUCAAGUCUCUGAUCAACACCAGCUCGCUGCAGCCGUCAGGCAUUGCAAUGAGCAUUCAAUGAGAUAUAUGGUGAUUGGCAGAGGCUCUAACUGUCUGUUUGAUGAUUUAGGAUUUGAUGGGUGUAUAAUUCAGAAUUGCAUAGUGUUUCUGGAGAAUAUUGAAGCUGGUGUGUACAGAGCUGGGAGUGGUUAUCCCAUGAACCGUUUGGGUGCGCAGACUGCAAAUGAGGGAUUUAGUGGGCUCGAAUUUGCGGGAGGAAUCCCGGGGACUGUUGGUGGUGCUGUUUACAUGAAUGCUGGUGCAAACGGACAGGAGACAGCUGACACAGUUGAGAGCAUUGAGAUCAUGUCAACCAAUGGAGAGUUGAAGACUGUGAAAAGAAGUGACCUCAGUUUUGGCUACCGAAAGUCGCCAUUUCAAGAUAUGAAAGACUUUGCCGCCUUGACUGCUGUCACCUUUCGACUGAAGGCCUCACAAUCAUCAAUGGAAAAGCAGCAAGAAUAUGCAAAAAGGAGGAAGCUUACUCAACCGGUGGGUGAGAAAAGUUGUGGUUCGGUUUUCCGUAAUCCACACGGGACAGAAUUUUCGGCUGCACAAUUGAUCGAGAAAGCAGGGCUAAAAGGGUUUAAAGUGGGACGGGCCAUGAUCUCAGAAAAGCACGCGAAUUUCUUCAUAAACUCAGGCGGCGCAACCUCUCAAGACAUGCUCGAGCUUAUUGGCCUUGCCAAGGAUGCCGUCUAUAAGAAAUUUGGUAUAAAGCUGAAAGAAGAAAUUUUGCAUGUUCAUCCAUAUUUGUGAAAUAUAAGAUAUUUGCUUGGUAGUAUUGGAAAAAAGGGAAAAACAUACCAUCACACAUGAUAUAUGCUGUACAAGUAAGUACGUUCUAUCUCGUCUGUGUCUGGUUACAACUUCUGUAAUAUAAUGAACGAGGAUUCCAAUGGGCAUAACAGGUCUCUAUAUUCUCCUCUACUCUGCCGUGAUAUACCUGCCUGUUUGAACUUGCAAUCAAGAUCUAAGAAUUGAGGUAUAAAUGUUUCUGUGCAUGUAGAGGGAGACUUUGCUGCAAAAAGAUCAACCAACAAAUGAAUCCAAGCCGAAAUCAAUGUCAUAAUAAAUUUUCUCGGCCAUACUUAGACUGGUAUAUUUAUGAACCGAGAAAUGUAUCCCUACACUUUUUUGUGAUUUGGCUUAACAGAUGAAGUAUUGAUAGGAAUAAUUAAAUAAUAU